AUGUUGCGCCGUCAAGCUCGCGAACGCCGCGACUAUAUCUACCGUAGAGCUUUGCUACUCCGCGAUGCCUCCAUUGCGGAAAAGAGAGCGCAACUUAAAGCUUCCCUGGCAUCAGGAAAACCGCUAAAUUCGUCAAUCGCCAAUGAUAAGAAGCUUCGGGAGGAUUUCAAAUAUGAUGAGUCUCUGGAUUCUACCAAGGAAAAGGAUGCAGAUCUUCUGGACAUAGACGAUGAAUACGCACUCACCUCCGGCGUCAUCGACCCUCGACCUCUAGUCACCACCUCUCGAUCGCCUUCAGCACGACUCAGCACCUUCGCAAAGGAGAUCCGCUUGCUUCUUCCGACUUCCAUUCGACUCAAUCGUGGUAACCUGAUUCUACCGGACAUGGUCUCCAGUGCCAAUGCCGCAGCCUUGACAGAUAUGGUCCUCUUGCACGAACAUCGUGGUACACCAACAGCCAUGACAGUGUCGCAUCUCCCUCACGGACCAACUGCCAGUUUUUCACUUCACAAUGUUGUUUUGCGCGCGGACAUUCCCAAUGCGGCGCGUGGAACAGUGUCGGAGAGUUACCCGCAUCUGAUCUUUGAAGGGUUCAAGACGAAACUAGGAAAGCGCGUUGUCCAGAUCUUGAAACAUCUAUUUCCUCCACGAGAAGGUGGUGGCAAGCUUGGAAACAGGGUGGUUACUUUCGUGAACAAAGAGGACAGCAUUGAGGUGCGACACCAUGUCUUUGUAAAGACCAGCUAUCGUGACGUCGAACUGGCUGAAGUUGGGCCGCGUAUGACGAUGAGAUUAUUCGAGAUCCGUGGAGGUACAUUGGAGAAGGGCUCAACUGGUGAUGUUGAAUGGGCUCUCACUCAGUACACGAGGACCAGCCGAAAGAAGGAUUAUCUAUGA